AUGCAUGAUACGCCAGUAGGUGGUCAAAGCACUCUGGGGGUCCUCGUAAACAAUGAAAAGCUGAUCCGUUGGGGUGGAUUUGGCGGCCGAUGCGGUUGUGAGGCGGAAACGCUUGCCUCGGGUGCAGAUUUAGCGGAUUCGGAUGAGGCUAGCGAGGCGGACCAGGACGAAUGGAUCGAGGCUAUCACAGUGACGGAGGACAUUGAGGUCGUGCAGGUCCUGGUGCUAUCGGAUGUAGAGUUCUCAUAUUUGGAGUCGCCACAGGCUUGUGUGGAUGGGGCUUUGCCCAAUACUGAGUUUGGUGGAGUGGUCGAAGGAACCGAAGCUGUCAAGGCCGAGGUACCAGUAGAGCCAGGUGCCGCAGUUCCAAAAGAAAUAGCUGGCGUGAUUUCGACUGGAGCAGGUAUCGAAAAUGUUGUCCUCAACGGACACGAAUCUUCUGUGAUGGUAGUGCUCAACGUAGUGGGGAAGGCAUCACAAGCAAUAAUUGUGGACCAGGUGCACUCUGAAACUGUAGUGCUUGACUUGCAAGAGGAUGUUGAAGAUCCAGAAGAGGUUGACGAUCCAGAAGAAGUCGACGAUCCAGAGGAUGUGGGCGAUUCAGAGGCUGUAGAUGAUUCGGAAGAUUCAGAGUCAGAUUUGGUCUGCUUGUCGUCCUCCUUGACCUUCUUCUCCAUGCUAUCCACGAUGUUGCUGAUUUCAUCCAAAUACUCAGUUCCUUUCUUGACCUCAUUCUCAAUUUUGUCUGUCACAUCUUCGGGAUAA